GGCAUAUUGACAAUGUCAAAACUUUCGCCAUCCCUCAAAGCCCUCAUCUCAGCACCUCACGCAUUAGGUCGUCCACUCCCUGCUCCUCCUCAACUCACAAGAGUUUUCGACACACUUCGGUCCCGAUCUAGACCUCAUUUGGAAGACGGUACAAUACCUUCAGAACCAUUUUUGGUAUUAGCUACUGCCACACUUGUCACUGUGAACUCGCCAGAGAGUGUACAGAGACUUUGGAAGUAUGCGGUGGAAGGGAGGGAUGUUAUGGGUUCUGCUAGAACGGCUGCUCUCAUGAGGGAAGCAGGUUUAAAAUGUAUAGCUCUCAAUGGGAUCCCACGGACAAUCAACGCUUUGGUAGCACUACGUUCUAUCUUACCAGAAGAAGUGAUAGAUUUGCUUUCGUCGAUACCAACCAGAAAACACACACCGGAAAACAUUCAAUCCAUUUCUUCUAGAGGUAGAGAAAUGUGGGAUAUAAUAUAUUCACCUUUCCAUAAUAAACUUUUAGAUAAAUUAUCAGAUGCUCAUCCGGAUUUACCUGUACAUAUUUUAGAAUCACAUUAUGGACCAUUAUUAUCUGAUCCAUCGCCAACAAAUCGACAAAGUUCCAUACUCUCCACAGGAACCAUAGGACGUACACUUACAUCCAUAAUGGCAAUGUCAUGUCUCCGCGCUCAAACAGGUGUUGAACCUCAAUUGAUCAGUCAUGUUCACGGUCUACAAAAAGCUGCCAAAGAGGAAGAUUCACAAUUGGAUGAGAAGAUAGGGAAAGAAGGAAGAAGUUGGUUGUGUGGUGAUGAUGGUACUAAAUGGGUGUUGGAGAGUGUUGAUGAGAUCAGUUCGUAUGUCAAGGGAGGGGAGAAAAGUUUGGUAGAAAUAUAG